UUUAUUUACUUAUUACAUCGUGUAUUAUUGUAUUGAGAUUAACAAUUGUAUGAAAUUUUCAUUUAUCUAUAAGUAAAUCUUGAAUGAUGUUAAUUAUUUAUCACAAUCAUAGUAUCAACAAUAAGAAUUAUUAGAAUUUUGUUCAUUAAAAAAAAAUUAAAAUAUAUUUUAUUAUUAAGAUGUCUAAUUUAGUAUCUCGUGCGUUCAAUUAUUUUUGUGGAGUUAGACCGAAUAAUUCAUCGCUGCUCUUAUCAGUAACAAAUAAGUCAAUCAUAUUAAACCAAAUAAAGUAUCGUCAUACGAAGCAUUGGAAUCCAAAAUUUAAACAAUUUAGGAAAGAAAAAGUUAUUAAAGUUAAAUUACCUGACUUCAAUGAAUAUGAUGAAAACGUAUCACAGGAGAAAAUCAAAGCCCAGUUCAAAGAACAAGGUCUGAUGCCUUCACGACCUUGGAUUGAAAAACCAAUCUUUAUAGGUUGCACCGGUUCUAUUUUCGAGCCGUACGUUCCACCAGAAGGUGAUGGUAAAUUUUCCAUUGUAACAACUACGGGUGUCAAACAAAAAGCUGACUUCAUGAAAAAAAAAGGUACAUCUUACUUAGCAGUCAGGAAAAUUCGAACAUUUGACGAAGAAUUUUCAAUUGGAGAAUUUGAAGAUGAAGCUCAACAAAUUUAUUUAAAAGCACAUGAAGCGAUGGCAAAGAAAGAUAAAGAGGAACUGCGCUUGUAUGUCACUGAGAGAGCUCAUCCGGAAAUUCAACACAAUACUCUUGAUAAGACCAUACAUUGGACCUUCAAUGAAUCAUUGGAACCUCCCCGUGUUGUGCAUGCCCGUUGUACUAACGUAAUAAGUAAAGAAAACAUUUUUGCUCAAGUUACUGUCCGUUUUCACAAUCAGCAGACUUUAGCAGUUUACGAUCGUUUCGGUCGUCUUAUUCACGGAAGUGAAAUUGUAAAAAAAGAUGUUCUCGAGUACGUCGUUUUUGAAAAGCAUAUAGCAAACCAAUACGGCACUUGGAGAAUUCACGCUAAAAUAAUCCCACCGUGGAUGCCGGAAAAAGAACAUGCCAACAGAACUUAUAUCCUACAACCGGAAAGUCCAGAUGAUGAAGAUGAUGCUGCUAAAAAGGACUCUAGUUCCGAAGCAUUACAAACUGCUCCCAUAACAAAAAAUGAUCCACAACCACAAAUUAAUACUUAAAAAUUAUUUUGAUAAAAAAAAUAAGUAUUAGUUA